AGAAAAUUUGUGAUAAAGUUCUGUUGCACCGAACUGAAAGCAACAAUACACCGCCAUAGGUGAGGUUCCUUUCCCCUUCUUCUGCUUUUAUCCUUAGCUAAAACGUCAAAUUGAAACCCUAGAUCAGUGAAACUAGGCACAAUUCUGUGUCAAGGUAAGCUAUCAGGGUUCAUGAAAACCCUAGACUGAAACAUUUCUAAGAGUUUUAAGAUCCGAGAGAAACCUUAGCUCAAUCCCUAUUCCGGUUCCUAUUGAGCUAGCGGUUUUGUGAAUAGUGGUUUGAUCCUCCUUCAAUGGCGAUAAUCGGCGACGCGUUGCGGCAGGCUUUCAUGCCAAAGCACGAGUAUGAGAGUCUGCGAGAGGAAGACAAAGCGUGGGUGAAGCUACAAAGACCAUUGUUGAUAGCUUGUGUGGGGGUUAUUUGCCUCGCUAUCAUUGUGUGCACGGUUGUGAGCUUGAGGAUUGUUUUCCCUAGCGAUGUUUUGAAGAGACCGUUCUGUGGUGACCUGAAGUUGCAGCCUCUGCCGAUGAACGUGAAAGGCGGUGGAGAUUCAGAUCCGUUUCCUGGGGCGUUCUAUUUGACCGAUCAAGAGACUGUGGAUUUCUACUGGAUGGUUUUGUUCGUUCCCUCCACCAUCAUUUUCUUGGCCUCGGUUGUUUAUCUUGUGGCGGGGGUUCUUGUUGCUUAUUCUGCUCCAAAUAGGCAUGGAUGUUUAAAGGUGGUUGAAAAUAAUUACUGUGCUUCAAAAAGAGGUGGAGUUCGUUGCCUAUCCAUUUUGAAUGUUGUUUUUGCAAUUGUCUUCGGUCUUCUUGCUUUGUUCCUCGGUUCAAGCCUCCUCACAUUAGGUAGCAGCUGCUCCCUGCCCCUGUUUUGGUGCUACGAGAUUGCCUCAUGGGGACUGGUCAUUCUCUAUGCAGGAACUGCAUUUUUCCUGAGAAGAAGAGCAGCCUUAAUUCUUGAUGAAGGAGAGUUUGGCAGUCGAAAUCUUGGUCUAGAGAUGUUGGAAGCAAAUCCAUUAGAAUUCACACCAGAAGUAGAAAGGCGUGUUAAUGACGGCUUUAAAUCAUGGAUGGGAUCAUCCCUAUUAUCCUCUGAUGAAGAAGAUGAACCUGACAGUUAUCAGGAAGUGCCUCAUAUAUCCCAUUCAUCUUCUAACAGGCAAAGGCUCUGAUAUUAGACUGACAAUCUGAAUGACACAUGUAAAAAUCAUCUGUGGCUCAAGAAUAGUGAAGGAUGGAUUCAUAUUUUGGUUACAAAGCAAACCAAGGCAUUCCACUGAUAAAUUCAUGAACAGUAGUAAUGGUGAUACCAUAUGUGGAUUUUGUUGCCUGUUAGCAUUUUUCUCUAGUUAGGUGAUAGUCAUGCAUAGCUUGUGAAAAACUAACCACAGUGACCUUUCAUUUGUAUUCAGUGUGCUUCGGAGACUCCUGUAGUUGACAUGUUGGUAAUCAAAAAAAUUCUUCAAU